AUGGUAAAAAUUUCGAACAUAAUCGGAACACUGUUCCACAAAAAUGCACCAUCGAAACUUGAAACAGAUGCCGCUCCACUACCACCACGGCGGAAAGCAGACACGCAGGAAGAAGGGUCAAUGGCUCACAGUAAUACUCCCGCUACAGUGCAGAAUGGGAAUUUGCCAGAUCCAAACGUAAACUCGCCGAACGCCUUGGCAGUAAGUUCAGCCGAGAACAACACUUCACCACAAACGGUAGUGAACAAUGUGCAGCACAAUACACUCUCGGUCCCGCAAACAUCCAUUUCCAACACGACUGGUAUGCAGGUGUAUCAGAUAAGGAACGCGAACAAUCUACAUAUCGGAAACAAUUACACGUUCAAUACUGCCGUAGUGGACGAAGGUGCUUCAACGAGUGGCUCCCCUGUGGCAGGCAGAACCGGUGUAAAAUGGGCAAACUUACGGCUGUCGAAUACCAUCUCACAAAUGAUGCAUAGUACGGACGAAGUGGAUUCGGAAAUUAUUGACACGGUUUCGCGUCAUCUGGGAUAUGAGUGGAAAAGUUUCGCCCGUAAGCUAGAAUACUCCGAGGGACAGAUUGAUGCAUUUGAAGCCGAUAACAGUACCUUGGCUGAGCGAAUUUACAGUUUUGUGUUGGAUUGGACACGGAACGACGAUGAACCAACGGUUGGUCGACUUGUUACGCUGCUGUGGGACAACAAGCACAAGGAAACAGUUUACUACAUCAAACAGGUGUGGAAAAGGCGUCAACAGGAGAGUCGUGCUGAUCGGAAUUAG